UUGUAGACCUAGACCUGGCAAGAAAAGAAGAGGAGCAGCAAAUGCUUCAGGAUGCCCGACAGUGGCUGAACAGUGGGAGAAUCGAAGAUGUGAAACAGCCUCGAACAGGUGCCACAGCUCUUCAUGUUGCUGCGGCGAAGGGCUAUUCUGAAGUCAUGAGGCUCUUGAUCCAGGCUGGGUUUAAUUUGAACGUCCAGGACAACGAUGGCUGGACUCCGCUCCACGCAGCUGCGCACUGGGGAGUGAAGGAAGCUUGCUCCAUCCUGGCUGAGGCACUGUGCGACAUGGACGUCAGGAACAAGCUGGGCCAGACACCGUUCGACGUGGCCGAUGAGGGGCUGGUUGAGCAUUUAGAAAUGCUGCAGAAGAAACAGACUGUGUUGCGAAGUGAGAAGGAGACGAGGAAUAAGCUGAUUGAAGCCGACAUGAACGGCAAGCCUCAGAGCGGACUCUUCACCAACAAAGAGAAGAUUCUUUAUGAGGAAGACACGCUGAAGUCUAUGGAAAUGGAGGAAGAGAACAAGGACUCUAGCAGUUCUAGUUCUGAAGAAGAGGAAGAAGCUGAAGAAGAUGAAGUUUCAGAAUCAGAUGCUGAAAAAGAGUCAGAAAGGAAGGAAGAGCCCUUUGCCAACCACUCCAGCCAUGAAACCAGGCCUAGCAUCACUGAGCAAAUACCACCACCCGAGUCCAACUCCUUCACUGCAUCUGCCAGAAGAUUCAGUUGGCUCAGCAAGUCGGACGAGCAGAAGGAUGAGUCCCCUUCGUCGUGGCGGCUGGGGCUGCGGAAGACUGGCAGCCACAACACGUUGAGUGAAGUCGCUGCUACUCAGGAGGCGCAGAGGGACAAGACUUCUCUCUACCGUUCUUCGUCGAGUCCUCGGAUAUCCGCGUUGUUAGACAACAAAGAAAAGGAUAAGGACAACAAGAGCUAUCUUGCCACGAUAGCCCCCAGAAGACUAAGCAGUACGAGCAGUAUAGAAGAAAAAGAGAACAGAGAAUCAGCUGUUAACCUCGUGCGCAGCGGCUCCUACACCCGACAGCCGUGGAGGGACGAAUCGAAGGGAAACGAAGCUCCCCACUCCGGUGCACCUACUACCUAUGUAUCUACCUACUUGAAAAGUGCUUCCUUUGGUAGAAGUAGUGACCUCAGCAGUCCCUACAUUUCAUCCAGUCGCAAUACAUCUCUAGCUACCUCACCCACUACCACUGGGUCAUCUACCUCCCUGGGCACCCCGUGGCAACCUGCCUCUUCCUGGCCCACACCUCUCGGUGCGAACUCUGCUGCGUCAGCCCGCCAGUAUACCAGAGCCCCUUUCAGGCAACAAACUGAUUCUGCUGUAGAGAAAAGUACAGAGGGCAUCUCUGCUAGCACCCCUCUAGGUGUAAUCACAAAUCGUGCUGUACUCGGCUCUGCUAACGGUAUUGCGAAUGCCGGUGCUGCCUCAACUACAGGAAAGGACUUCUCAGCUGAGGAAGCCAGGGAGCGCAGAAGGCUGACAGCGGCCUCUAGUGCCACCAAAACCUCCUUAGCAAAGUUCAUCUGCGACCGUGUCCGUAUAGUUUCAGCUCAGGGCUCUGUGGCCACAUCUUUUCCCCAGGAAUCCGACGCCGUAGCCCCUCUCGACGGGGUUCCUGGUGUCGCAGGCUCCCCGUGCAUGGAGAGGGGUCUGCAGGAGAGCUCGCCCAGCUGGAACCUGGCUUGUGCCAUGAGACAUCUGGUGCUGGAAGGAAG